CUUUUUCAGUAUAACCUUUAGUCUUUACUGUCUAAAGCACUGCACUACUACUCCAGGAUGUGAGUUCACUCUAUCGCAUACUUCAAACCAUAAGGAGUGGCAUAAUUAUUAUCUUUAAUUUGGUUUACUAAAAACACACUGCAACAUGGACUCUCUUGAUGACGAUCAGGUCUUGUCUGCGAAUGAAAACUUUACCAUCAGUCCCUCCAUUAGCGGCCCAGCUAUUGCUUUCUUUCUCUCGCUGGAAAUGGGUAUCUCCCUGGCUAUAAACUCCACCAUUCUUGGCAUCAUAUUCUUACAUCCAAAGCCCCGCUCCCUUAUCAAGGCUCCUUCCAAUAUAUACCUGACCAGUAUGCUACUCGUCAACCUCCUGGCUACUCUGACCGUUAUGCCGAUGAUCAUCAUAGCCUCGGCAAGCGGUGAAUGGAUAUUCGGAGGUACUCUGGAGGAAAAGGUAUCUUCUUGUAGGUUUGCUGGCUACAUGUACUGGUAUGUUAUAUUUCUAUUGAUUGUCACUCUCGCUAUAAUCUCAGUCGAUCGUUGGAUGUUUAUUGUCAAAAGUACCCUUUACAAGAAGAUGAUGACUACCCCUGUUGCAAUAGGAGUCGUUAUUACUGCCUGGUUGCUGACUGCUGUCUUGAACACAACUCCUCUCUAUGGGUUUGGGAUGUUCGCCUAUUCCUCUAGCCCAGGGUCUUGUUUCCCAGUCUGGAAAGAUCAAAAAGCUUAUUUAGCGUUUUUCGUUCUCGUGUUCCUGAUCUUGAUAUCAAUCAUUGCUGCUAGCUCCAUUUGGACGUUUUGCUUUUCCAGACGCUUCAUUAGACGAAUGAGUUUAAGAAACAUUGACGCCAGUGGAGAGGCGGCCAGCGUAUAUACAUUUAGAUGGAGGAAGCUGAUUGGUAUAUUUGGAACACUCUCUAUAGUUUAUGUUGUAUGCUUCACACCAUCACUGCUCUAUCUACUGAUAAGACUUGCUACUCCUAUUCCAUUACAAAUACUACCAGCAAUCCUCAUCUUCUUUCUCCUCAUUACUAUUCUUAAUCCACUGGUUCAAAUCUUCUUCAGGCGAGACAUUAAGAAUGUAAUAUUGGAUUUCCUGGCCAAGACACCUUGUUAUACCAAAGAAGAGGUGGACUAUGAGCACAGGUCAAGAACACGCUCCAACUUUGAGCUACAGCAUGCUCUCUCCUUAACUGCAAUGGGUAAAGAUGUUGCUAAUGGAGGGAGUGCUCUUGAUGUCAGUCCUGAUGAAGGACAUAGCAGUGACCCCAAAAGCUCAGGGAAGGUGGUUGUGAAAUUUGAAGAUAGUGAGUCAGUUCCUGUACAAGCCAAUGGUGCUACUAGUGUUGGUGGUGAUGCUACCAAUGAUAGUGCUAGCAGUGAAUCAGUGAGUAAUGGUGUCUCUAAGACUAAUGGUGGGGAUAUUCUUGGUAGUACUGCUGUUUGAUUGCUGUGUGUCCCAAUGUCUCUUCCUUUACUGUUAUUGUUAAACAGAAGCCAUACUAAUGUAUCUCUCUUCCCCUCUAUCUCUCACUAUUCACUUUCUUCUUCCUCCUCUAUCUCUCUCAUUGUGUGUCUUCUUCAUCCAGCUUAUA